AUGAAAGCUGUUAUCUACUCCGGUGAAACCAGGAUCACAGUCGAAGACCGCCCAAAGCCAGUCAUUUUGGAACCAACCGACGCUAUCAUCAAGGUUGUUCAUACUACCAUCUGUGGAACAGAUCUGCACAUUCUGCAAGGCCACGUUCCGUCAUGCACUCCGGGUCGCAUCCUCGGCCAUGAGGGAGUUGGCUUCAUUGAAUCUCUAGGCCCUGCUGUCAGAAACUUUACUGUCGGUCAAAUGGUGCUCAUCUCUUGCAUCACAAGCUGCGGAACUUGUCAUUACUGCCGCAGGAAGAUGCCAUCCCAAUGUGAAUCUGGUGGAUGGAUUCUCGGAAAUAAGAUUGACGGCACGCAAGCCGAGUACGUCAGAAUUCCUCAUGCCCCAUUCUCCUUGCAUGCGCUACCGGAGAGCAUCGAUCGAAAGGUUGCUGUUACUCUGUCUGAUACGGUUCCUACUUCUUAUGAAUGUGGAAUCCUGAAUGGAGAUAUUAAGCCUGGUUCCACUGUCGCAAUCGUAGGAACAGGUCCUAUUGGUUUGAUGAUACUCCAGAUGGCAAAGAACUUGUUCGGCCCGUCAAUGACGGCGGUGAUUGGGAGAGGUGCUCCCAGGCUUGAGACAGCCAAGUCUAUGGGUGCCGAUCAUACAUUCAGUAUGCUCGAUGGACUUGAUGCUGUGACGUCUUCAGCGCUAGCUGCGACAAAUGAGCGAGGGUUCGAUGUGGUUAUUGAAGCAGUGGGAACGCCUGAUUCUUUUGAAACUGCACAAGCUCUGGUAGGCGCUGGAGGAACCAUAGCUAGUUUGGGAGUCUUUGGCGAGUCGUGUCAACUGCACUUGGAAAAGUUGUGGAAUCGCAAUAUUUGCUUGAGGACUCGGCUUAUUGAUGCUGUCACUACUCCAGAUCUACUCAAGAUGGUAGAGGCCGGUGGCAUCGAUCCUCAUUUCCUUGUUUCACAUAACUUUGGAUUUGAUGAUAUUCACAACGCCUACGAAGCAUUCGAGGCAUCAUCUAAGCACGGCGCCCUAAAGGUGGUAGUUAGCAUGCCUGAAGCUGUUACGAAUGGCCAUUCGUAG